UCCAGCUUGACCAUCAUCAUCAGCAGCGACUCGACGUUCGAGCAGAGCGCAUCGCACAACACUUCACAAUAAGCUCCUCGCAAAGCCUUCGAACGCAAAGUAAGGGAAGAUGGUGUUUGGAAUUGGAGGUUCUUCUGCCAAGCCAGCAGGACCUGCUGGCAUGGGUGCAGGUGUCGGAAGCGCUCAGCUGGAGGCUGCCACUGCAGAGCUCGACAUGAUCACAGAUGUUUACAACCGACUGGUCAGCUCUUGCCACAAGAAGUGCAUCUCUACGCACUACGGAGAGCCAGACUUGAACAAGGGAGAGAGCGUGUGCAUAGAUAGAUGCGCAGUCAAGUUCUUUGCUGUGAACAAGGCGGUGGGCGAGCAGCUGCAAAAGGUCACGGGAGAUGCACAAAGCGGUGGAGCUUCGGCAGGGUCAUUCUUCUGAGCUGAGGGAAGAGAAUGCCACAGGUAUGCAUAUGUAUGCCAAGGGCUGCAGGAGUGAUUAUGCUUGGGAACAGGGAACAAGACAUACGCUAGAAGAAAGAGGGGACGAGCUUCUAGCGGUCGCGAUCUCGCAAUGGCAUGAACGCUAGCGGGCGCACUCCCCGAAUAAAUUUUGCCAAAGGUUGUGACAAUCGCUGCGCGAUCUGAACCUCGCCUUGCUCAUUCAGAGCAAGAAGUAUAAGCUGCUUAGCCAUCAAAGGAUGCCCUUCAUGCCGAAAACUCUUCGCGCAAAGCGAGUCACAAGCUUGCAUCCCGUCAGGCAAUUCAGGUGUAGAUCAAGAUCAGGC